AUGGAAACAUUAUAACAUAUAUUAAAAACUCAAGGAACUAAUGUUACAACUAUAGAUCUGGAAUUCAAGUACCAUUCUAUUUCUAUCUUAAUAGAUCAAUUGACAAUUUAGAAGAAUUAUUGCCAUAAUUAGCAAAUUUUAGCAAUCUAAAAGAAGUAAUUUCUAAAUGAGAUAAAUAGCUUAAUUUACAUGGAAAUCGUUUGGCAUACUUACCUGAUGAUUUAAGUUUAUUAGACACCGUCGAAGUUCUUGAUAUCUCCAAUAACAUUUUCUCUGAUGUAAAUACUUAACAUGGAAUCAUUUUAGUUAGGCCAAGUUGUGGAUGCAUUAUCAACGAUGCCCAAUUUGAUUCAUCUUGAAAUUACAUUACAAUCAAAGGAAGAGGAGUAAUUUAUUUUAGAAUGCCUAUCCAAUCUUUAAAUUUUGAAUUCUUAAAAAGUGAAUGGUGAAUAAGAAGGUGCUGAUGAAACCUAGGAGUAAUAAAGUGAACAACAAUCUGAGAGAUCCAUGAGUGCAGUUUAAGAUAUUACUCUUUAGUAAUACGAUCUAGAAUAGAUGGCUGUAUUUUGAUAAUGAAUAUUGUUAGAUAUUAUAUGAUAGCAUAAGAGAAUACAAGAAGGAGGAUCAAGAAGAUAAACAAUUUGAUCAAUAAAUAAGAGCAAUAAUGCUUGAUCUAUAAUAGAAACUAAAACAAAACAAUCCUGAUCACUUAACCAAUCUUUAUAUUUUAACAGUAAUACUUAAAUUAAUUCAUAGGCAAAAUUUAACUUAUAUGAAAUCUGCUUUAAAUCAAUAAUUAAGCAUUUCAAAGUUAAUGACAAAAGCUUAGAUGCAAUAAUCACCAAAAUCCAUGAUAUGCAUUUAUCAAUUUUCAAUGACAUGUCUAAUGUGAUUCAAAAUGUCAAACCUUAAUCUAAAAACACAUCCUAAAUUGCUGAUAAUAAAAAGUAAGUGAAUCAACCACAACAAGGAGAUAAAGCUGUUGAGAAUAGAUUGAGAUUAGAGCUAUCAGAACUUCAAUAAUAAAAUGCUGAAUUGGAAAAGGAAAAUAAGAGAUAUUUAGAUUUACUCAUAAAACAUUCUAAAGGUGACAAGUCAUCAAUACCUAAUUCGGAACAUGUAAUAAAAUAAUAAAGUGACUCAUAUCAAUCUUAAAAUUAUACCAAAAAUCACCAAUCCUCUAGUCAAUAAAACAAUGCUAUUUUUCAAUCAAAAUAGUCUUAAAAUCUUAAUUCAGUACCUCAACAAAUUAAUGUCAGACACUUAACAUUAAAAUAGCUUAAAGAUGUUAUUCAAGAAAUCUAUGAAAGCAAACAGAAAUUUGAUUAGAAGUGUGCUGAAUCUAAAUUGCCCAGAGAAACCAUGGAAUAACAUAUGUAUACUUUUCUAAAUUAGAAAUAUGGACUUAAGAGUCUUAUUAUUGAAUGGGCUACAUCAAUAAUUAAUGCACUUAAAAAGUAUUCAGCAGAGGAUAAUGAUGUGGCUGUGUUUGGUAAAAUACUCAGAAAUGAAUGUGAUGAAGAGUUCCGCUUUGUUUAAACUCAAGUAAAAAAUACCAUGCAAGAAUUAUUAAAAGUACAUUAUUAUCAAUAUCAAAGAUGUACUUAAGAGGGAAAUUUCCAUUGAAACAUUAAGCAGAAAUCAAGGAAAUGCUCAAUCAAAGGAUAAAUGGACAACUUUAUGAAGAAGAGGCUGUGGACAUUAUCAAAUAUAUGUACAACCAAGAAGAUUCUGAAUUACUAUUGAACAAAUUAAAAUAAUACUACAUCGUACCUCAUAAAAAUCCAGACAGAAGGUUGACUAGAGAAGAACAAUUGUCUUUGCUUCAAGAAAAAGAUAAAUAUAAAUUAGAAUAUUCAGUGUUCCAGAAAAUAAUCUUAGAUUUCCAAUUAAAAUCCCAUGAGAAAUAUCUAAAGAAAUUUAUUAUGACCUUUAAGCAAAUGGAUACAGAUGCUAAUGGAAUUAUUGAUGAAGUAAUUAUUAUAAUUUUAGUCUUUAGAAUGAAUUUCGAAACUUAAUUGACGUUCUAAACUUUGGAGCCGGAGAUCUAGACAUUGAGAAAUACUUGAAUAUCAUCGACCCUUAUAGUCAUUAAUAGAUAACAUUUUCAUAGUGUGUGACUCUUUUUUCUUCAGAAUCUGUGCCUGGCUCUAACGGAUAAAUCCAAAUACUGUAAAAGAUAUCAGAAUAAUGA